CAUAUAGAUACUAAUUGUACAAAAAAAAGAAGCAAAGAAAUAUUACCCUGGUUUCGUGCUUUAUAGUUGCCAUCUCCGAUUAAUCCUUUUGUGUUCUUAAGAACUUUGAAGGAUAAGAAGUGAAAUUGAAAAACGAAUGUUAAGUAUGGAUUAUAAAAAUGAGACUUUGCUUAUAUACAAAUUCAAGAGAAUCCAAAUGGGCAACGUUUAGGUCACCAGUUCAAUAAAUCAUCAUCAAGUCAGGUAAGGUAUUAAUUAACCGCUACAAAUUAAAUGAAAAAAUAAACAUUUCGAAGCACUAAUUGUCUAGUUAGUUUCUCGAUGAGAGUUUUUUUUUUAUAUUUAAAGGAGGCAAACCGCCAAACAAUUACAGACUCCUAACGAUUAGGAGCGUAAAACAGGACAAACCAAAUCAGAACCAAACCAGGGGAUCGAAUAGGAAGUACAGGGGAACACAACCUAAUUAGCUUCGGUUCUAGAAACUUGUCUAGGAAAGCUGACUCAUAUCAUGUCUUCUCUGCAAAUUUUGUCAAGCUCCAAUGGGGGAUCGAUUAGCUCAUACGUACCGAAGGGAUAGACGAGACUGUGCUUCGAGAGCCAGUCUACGAUACUUAUGCACUAAUCAAACCAUCCAUUCUUUGGUCAACAUUCGUCUGAUAGUGCCCAGGAUUGUUGCAUACGGAUGCACUCUGUCGUUUCUCUUAUCAAUGAGCUCUAGAGCUAACUUUGGGUCGGUCUCAAGAAUGAGGAAGCGAGAACCCUUCUUCCAAGCCAACUCCAAUCCCUACAAAAUGCCCCAUAAUUCAGCGAAUAAAGCUGUACCAGAUCCAAACUUGCUGCAGAAUUCUCCAAUCCAAUCUCCAUCAUGAUCUCGGAGUAUGCCCCCUGUCGUAACCAUUCCUGGGUUGCUCUGCGCUGCGCCAUCUGUAUUCAAUUUGUGCCAGCCUUGAGGGGGUUUAAUCCAACUAAUUAGCUCCUCCACUCUUGUCUGAUUCACAUUCAUUGAGGAAGACUUCGGAGCUGGAUUCCAAGCUUUCACCCACUCCGAGGCCUUAGCCACCACAUAGUGAUGCAGAGUGGAGAUAGUCAGCUUCACCCCUUUAAAAAUCCUCUCGUUCCUGCACUUCCAAAGGUACCAAAGGAUUUGGCUGAAGAAACUAUUUCAUUGGCUAGGCCAAUUUCCAGCUGAUUCAUACAGAGUGUUGGUCUUCAUCCAGGUAUCAAGAUUGUUGUUGAAAAAGCUCACUCUUCCUCGUUGUUCCAAAAUCCUGUUCCACACUGCCUUGGCCCUUCCACAAUCUCUUAAACAAUGAAGAUUGGUCUCUCCCGUAUUCCUGCACUCAAGGGCACGAGUCGUUUCUCGAUGAGAGUUAGUGAUUCAUUAAAAGUGAAAUAAUAAAAGCUCAUGUCCAAAAUCAUAUCCAUCUAAACAUAACAAGAUUACUAAAUCAUGGUUCAAUAAAUUGUUAAGCGCGAGAUGAAUAUUUGAGACUAGUUUAUGUGUAGCCUAAGCAAGCCUAAGCGGCAUGUAGGGGGUGAAAGUUUGUCCUGGAAGACCCACUGACACGUCCCGUCCCUAAGGGUCGGGACGGUUCAAAUGUCUACAGGGACAGAUUAGGGGCGGGUCAUUUGUUGACCCUGUAAGGGUCGGGACGGGUCGGGACAACUUAGGGACGGAUCACGUUUUGACCCUGUGACCCUUAGCAACAACAAAUAUCUCAUACUUCAUUGGACCUUUUUGUAAAGUUUUAAAAGUUUAGGCACUAAUUUGUAAAAAUAAAAAAUCUGGGUACCAAAACGUAAUUUUACCAUCAAAAUUUAUGGACUUAUUUGUAAAAAAAUAAUAUUUAGGUACUAAAUUGUAAGAGAAAAUAAUUUUGGGUACUAAAAAGUAAUUUGUAAAAAAAGUAGUGUGUAAAUUAGAGUCGACCCACUGACCCGUCCCGUCCCAACCCUUGAGGGUCAGACAGGGUCAAGAAGGAGACAGGGACGGGAAGGGACGGGACGGUUAUACAUCUUGAUCCUUCAGGGACGGGUCAGACAGGGAUAGGGACUAGGGAUGGCAAUCAAACCCAUGGCCGCGGGUACCCGACCGCCCCGACCCAGUCAACGCGGGGAAUCCCCGCUUUGACCGGGUAUGGGGCGGGUAUGGGUAAAACCCGCAAAAAGUUUGAUGGGUAUGGGGCGGGUAUGGUUUUAGCCUCCCCCGCCCCAUACCCAUACCCAUACCCGCCCCACCAAGAGAAUUUCUUCACAUAUCAAAAAAUAUGUGGAUUAAAUUAUAAUCUAUCAAUGAUGAUAAUGAUAACUCGAGAAAAUAAAUAGUAGAAAUGCAAUUGAGUAACCACCUUAAACAAAACCUAAUUCAUUUUCCUCAAUUCUCACUCCACUCUUUCACUUUCCCCCUUGUCAACAAGAUUAUGAUAGUUAAUUAUUACUUAGUAAAUGUAUCAAGAGUUAGAGCAUAAUAAUUUAAAAAUAUUAUAGCCUAUAUUAUGUAUUAAUGGAUGUUUUAGGAUCAUAUUCUUUGAAUCGUAUUUAGAAAAUGACCGUGUUUUGUUGACUUCAUGAUAUAAUAGGUUUAUUUAUGGUUAUAAUUAAAACUUUUCUUGUAAGUUUUAGGUAUAAUAAUGUUGGAUGUACGGGGAUGGGUAUUACCCAUGGGUACCCGAAACCCACGGGUAUGGGGAUGGGUUUCCAAAACAUUUCCCCGCAUGGGUAUGGGGCGGGUAUGGGUUUGGAUAUUUGAAGAUGGGGAUGGGGAUGGUUUAGGCAAACCCGCCCCAAACCCGACCCAUUGCCAUCCCUAAUAGGGACGAGACAGGCAAAUUUUCAGCCCUAGCGGCAUGCGCUAGAAGAAGAUAUAGAAUUUGUACUACAUGUGAAUUAAUAGUGGUUUAUUAUACUUUCACAUUUUAAUCCAAAUAAUUAAUAACUUAACUCUUCCCAACAAGAACAAUAAGUAAGAAGUUUAUUGAAUUAUAGCUUAAUAUUGAAAUAUUAAAAAUAUUGAGAUAAUAAAAAUGAGUUUGUAGAUUAUGUUAAUUUCCAUUCUUGAUAUUGUCAGCUUAACUUAGUGUUUUUCUUUUAUGAUAAAUUAAAAAAAUACUCAUCGUAGAUGUAAAAUAGUGAUAACAGAAUGAAUAAUUAAGUGUACUUAGUUAAAAGAUCUAGUCUUGCACCUAUUCAAAAUUCCGAUGGGUGAAAAUAUCACUCAAGACAAGUGAAAAUAGAGAAAUUAUGUUGAGGCCAAUCUAAAUAUGACGAAGAAAGAAUGGGGCACGACGAAAAUAAUGUAUGUAACUCGUUCCACUCUAUGUACGUCGAGUAAAUAUCUGACAAAUCAAAUUCAAAAUUGCCAAUCUCUAAUGUCAAGUAUGGUUGUGUCAUGUGUGAAUUCAAUUUUAUAGUACUAAUGCUAGUUUUAUACAAAGCAUAGUGCCGCGUUAGAAUCUUAAUAUUAUACCCAUUUUUGGCAUACAGGACACAUUUUUUUACAAAGCUCACUCUCCGAGUCAAUCCUUCCCACUCCUUCCUUCCUCCGAGCCAAAACCAAAAUGAAGACGGCGGAGCUGGUUUUCGUCCCAUCCCCCGGCGCCGGCCACCUCUUCGCAAUGCUCGAGCUCGCCAAGCAGCUCGUCAGCCGCGACAGCAGACUUUCCAUCACCGUAUGCAUCAUGAAACGACCCUACGAAUCCGUAGCUCCCGGCUUCACUUCCCACUCCCUGGCCCCUGAUCCCAAAAACUCCAACCAGAUCCGAUUCGUCGACCUCCCCGCCGUCGACUCCGACCCGAACGCAACCCCUGGCCAGCUCCUCCUCUCCCACAUCGCCGCCCACAAAGUCCACAUCCGAGAAAUCGUUUCGGCCCUCACCCAAUCGGACUCGAGACUCGCCGGCCUCGUGCUCGACAUGUUCUGCACCUCAAUCGUCGAUGUGGCCAACGAAUUCGGGGUUCCUUCCUACGUCUUCUACACCUGCGGCGCCACUUUCCUCGGGUUCAUGUUCCACCUCCAGAAUCUCUACGACCGGCGGGAAAUCGAUCCGAUUGCGCUGAGGGACUCCGACGCCGAGCUGGAGAUUCCGGGCUUGAUGAAUCCGCUCCCGGGGAAGAACCUUCCUUCCGAUGCGGUGGAGGAAGAGUGGCUCAAAGUGCUGGUCGAAACCACCAGAAGGAUAAGAGAAGCCAGGGGUAUUAUCGUAAAUACGUACCUCGAGCUCGAAUCCUACGCCGUCGAUUGCUUAUCCAACGGUGGGACUCCUCCCGUUUACCCGGUCGGUCCGAUUCUGAAUCUGAGAGGGGAAGGUCACGAGACGAAGGAGAAGAACGAAAUCAUCGAGUGGCUGGACGCUCAGCCGCCGUCUUCGGUGGUUUUCCUCUGUUUUGGGAGCUUGGGAAGCUUCUGCGAGGAGCAAUUGAAAGAGAUCGCGACGGCGCUGGAACGCAGCGGCGAGAGGUUUCUGUGGUCUGUCCGCCGAUCUCCAGAGAAAGCACCAGCAAUGGAGGUUCUAAACGGAAACGGCGCCGAUUCGUUCGGUGAUUUGCUGCCGGGAGGAUUUCUGGAGCGAACGGCGGGGAGAGGGAAGGUGAUCGGGUGGGCGCCGCAGACGGCGGUCCUGGCUCACCGGUCGGUGAGGGGAUUCGUGUCGCAUUGCGGGUGGAACUCGACGCUGGAGAGCAUUUGGUUCGGGGUCCCGAUGGCGGCGUGGCCGAUUUACGCGGAGCAGCAAUUGAACGCGUUCAAAUUGGUGAAGGAGAUGGAGUUGGCGGAAGGGAUAAGGAUUGAUUACCGGAGGGACGGCGGGGUAAUCGUGACGGCGGAGGAGAUCGAGGGAGGGAUCCGGCGGUUGAUGGCUGCGGCGGCGGAGACGGAUGGGAUGGGGAAGAAGGUGAAAGAGAUGGGCGAGAAGGGCAGAGAAGCGUUGACCAAAGGUGGGUCCUCUUACUCUUCUAUGGGCCGUUUGAUUGAGGAUUUGAUGGAUAAUAAUAAGAUUAUGCCGUGAAAAUCAACGGCUAGUAUUUGUCGGACUUCAAUCAUGGUAUAAUUUGAGUGUCGUAUGGACAAUCCUACACGAACUAGUCUCAGCCUGAUGGAAAAUAUUUGUUGGCACAACAAUUUUUUUUAUGAAUGAUUUUGUAUUUGUAAUUUAGAGCUCGUAUACAAUUACAUCCGAGUUUUACUUGAGAGAACGUUACAACAAUAAAUGAAAGAAAAUCUUUAGCUUAUGUCGGGGAGAAUAGCUAGUAGUGCCUAAUGUUGAUUCAAAUCACCUUUCGCCACAUUCUAGUUUAUGCAGAAUCGGCAAAGCAUUUACUCAUAUGCUUUGCCUUUUUCAUGCUAGUUUAUCAAUCCGUCACAUAAAUAAGCACAUGAGGUUGGUCAAUCAAAUGGUUUUGCAUUGUUGAGUUGGUCAAUCAAAUGAUUUUAAGGAUCAUAGUUGGACUGAUGAAAAUAAAGAGUGUUAGUACUUUGCCUGCUCAUGAGGAGAGGAUGUGACAUGUGAGAGGGAGACGAAGAGAUCAUAUUCGAUUGGAAAGGUACUAAUGUGAGCAUGAAGGUAAGAAAAAGAUUUAGGGUUUGUUGUUGAUGAUAUGCUGAAUGUUAAUUCUCCAACGACGUUGGGGUCGUCAAUCUGAGGAAGGCUACUGCAUUUUCAAAACAUCGAGAUUUGUUGCUAUAUGCAACAAGGAAGUAGACGAGAGUCGAGAAGACAAGCUGAUUGUGAAGUCGAAACCAGCCUCCUUUUUCCACGACGAGAUAGAAAGCCCUUAAGAUAUAGAGAAACAUACUUAUAAUAGUGAGUCAGCAACCAAACACAUCUCAAAAAGAGACUGAAGGAAGAAGAUGACACUGAAAAAAAAAAAGAAAAAAAAACAGAGGCAAAACAUACAUAAUGGAAAACAUGCAACAAAAAAAAGGUGAUCAGAGAACUAAUUUUGGUUGCCCCACGGAAAAGGAUGAUAUUUACCUGCAACCAAGUUUGCAGGCUCCGGCCUACAACCUCUGCAGGUGGAGGUAUACUAUUUGUUGAGUUCCUUUCUUUUUUUGUUUGCAAUUAAAUGUUAACGAAAGUCGCUUUUCUUUUUUGUUUGCAAUUAAUAUCUUAAUUACCAUCAAUAAAACAUGGCAAGAUCACUUUAAAAGAAAGUGAACCGAAGUACGUGGACUUUGAUCUCGACUACUCGGGUACGUAGGUAACCAAUUGGUUCAAGUCCGACUAACAAAUAUUCUCAACAAUUUUAACAUGUAAGCGUUAACACUUCAAAUCACACCUUUUUUUAAAUCGAAAUAUGUGGACUAUGAUCAACUUGUAUUUUAAUAAAUACCUAAUUAAUUA